AUGCCUUGGUGGGGGAAAUCGAAGGAGCCCAAGGAACCUACGGAACCUGCGGCACCCAGAGCUGAGCCAUCGCCAGACGCCAACGGCAGGCAACGGGAGCAAGUUUUCGACCCAGACAAGCUUCCACCAAGACAAAAGCUGCCUAAGCGGCUUCAAAGCAUUAUUGAAAAGUCGGAUCAAGACAGCCGCUUCUUCGAUGACGUAAUUGAUGGAUAUGCCCCGGCUACUACCGACACAAAUUUACGAUAUGCUGCCUAUGCCAGCAGGUUUCGGACUAUACUUCUCUCUGCGCAUCGCUACGUUGCAUAUACAUCCGAUAUUGGAGAAUCAUUCCGACCAGUAGCACAUCCUCAUAUCGUCCGCGCUGCAUAUGGUAUUUCUUGGCUUUAUAUUCUGGGCGAUGUGUCUCAUGAAGGAUACCGGGCGUACUGGCACAACCAGCGCGUUUUGAACCCGCAACUUUGCUUAUCACCUCACCAGCAAAAGGUUACGGGGCUGCCGGCUGAGAAUGGUUUAAAACUUGAACCUGGCGUUGUUAGUCCUUUGGAGGACUGGCGAACUGUCAUGGUCCAAAGAGCAAUCUUCCAAAGUAUUGCCAGUAUGGGUCUUCCCGCAUUUACAAUCCACAGUGUCGUCAGAUAUUCUGGGAGGGCUCUGAAGAAUGCGAAAAACGCCACUAUUCGCACUUGGGGACCUAUCGGCCUGGGCUUGUCUGUAGUUCCCUUCCUGCCCAGACUGUUCGACGAGCCGGUUGAGAACGCUGUAGAAUGGGUAUUCCACAGGGGUUUCGAAGCUGUUGGUGGCCAGAAAUACGUGGGAUCUGCGCCGUCUACAGGGCGGGAGGAUAUGCUCAAUAAACCGAUCAAGCCGAAGACGGAAUGA